AUGGCUGAGAGAUAUAGUUCUCGCGUAACUGGAUGUUUUUCUAGGUCUACUACAAUGUUCCAUGAUCCGGUGGAUGGGGAUUACGAGCCACUUACUACGUAUUUUCCCGAUGAAGAAGUAUUCUUUGCUGGAGAAGAUAUUGCCGAAUCGUACCCCGGAUGGAGAAUAUUUUUUGAUGGAGCAACAAACUUCAAAAGAGUCGGAAUUGGGGCAGUCCCGAUUUCGGAAUCUGGACAGCACUAUCCAACAUCGAAUGGCAGUCGACAAGAACAUCAAGAACUUUUGGUCAUAGGGGAUUUCGAUCUAUUGAUACACCAAGUUCAAGGGGAAUGGUCCACCAAGAAUGUCAAGAUACUUCCGUACCUGCACUACUUGAAGGAGCUAUGCAGGAAGUUCAUGAAGAUUGAGUUCAAGCACAUCCCCAGCAUUCAGAACAAGUUCGCUAACGCCCUUGCAACCCUAUCAUCUAUGAUUCAGCAUCCAGACAAGAACUACAUCGACCCCAUCAAGGUCGAGAUCAGGGAUCAACAUUCCUAUUGCUUCCACGUAGAUGAAGAACCAGAUGGUAAACCAUGGAAUAUGCGAACCCCACAUGAAUGGGUGCAUAUUAGCCAAGAAGAUCUUGAGAGCUGGAUACUUUUGGAUGACUAUGGAAAGCGACAGUAUCCGCUACGUACAGAAGUGUCACCAGUUCCAGAUUCACGAGGAUUUCAUCCGGGUUCCGCCAAAUAA